CAGUCUUUUUCGAUCCUUAGAUCUCGCCGUUUUCUUUUCUCCGUGGAGCUGAUAAUUGUCCGGCGCUGCUGCUUAUCCGCAUUCUCUCCUUCUACCAUACUCCUCGCUCACCCGCAUACUGCUCUCUCCCAUUCUCUCGCCAUUACCGCCGACGACAGAAUUUUUAUUUUUUAUUUACCGUAAUUAUGCUUCGUUUCGAUCUACUUCUUCUUCUUCUUCUAUUCACCGUAAUAUGUUUCUUCUUCCAUGGAGGGGGCGGCACGACGUUCACAUUUAUGAACAAGUGCGGCGAGACGGUGUGGCCUGGGAUUCUCUCCAACGCCGGCAGCACCCCGCUGCAGCCCACCGGCUUCGAGCUGGCCGCCUCCGCUUCUCGGGCCGUCCAGGCCCCCGGCGGUUGGUCCGGCCGCUUCUGGGCCCGCACCGGCUGCUCUGCCUCUGCCGGCGGCGGAGGGUGGAGCUGCGCCACUGGCGAUUGCGGCUCCGGCCGCGUGGAGUGCGACGGCGAUGGGGCCGCCCCGCCAGCGACGCUCGCGGAGUUCACCCUGGCGGCGGCGGGGCAGGGCCGGGACUUCUACGAUGUCAGCCUGGUGGACGGCUACAACGUGCCGGUGCUGGUGGAGGCCGGCGGCGGCCGGGCGUGCCCCUCAGCCGGAUGCGCGGUCGACGUGGGCCAGAGCUGCCCGGCGGAGCUACGGGUGCCGGGGCAGAGCCACGCGUGCCGGAGCGCCUGCGACGCCUUCGGCAAGCCGGAGUACUGCUGCAGCGGCGCCUUCGCCAGCCCGGCCACCUGCCGGGCGACCGCCUACUCGCAGGUCUUCAAGUCGGCGUGCCCCAAGUCGUACAGCUACGCCUUCGACGACCCCACCAGCACCUUCACUUGCUCCGGCGGCGCAGAUUACAUCAUCACCUUCUGCCCUGACCCUGUUUCGAGCUUGAAAUCAUCAAGAAAUUCUUCUUCACAUUCGUCGUCGUCGUCAUCAUCGUCAAGUAGCAGUGGCAGUGGUUCGACGUCAACAUCAAGACCUUCAGAUGGCAUGAUGCUGGGCGACGACGACGCUUGGCUUGCGAAUUUGGCCACCGGUGACGCGCCUCUCUCAGCGACCGUACUCUCAUUCUCGUGCUACUCAUUAAUUGCCGCCACAAUCGCGUGCACGGCUCGAAUGCUGCUGCAGUAGCCCUUAGGAGCUAGCGUUCUGUUAAUUCUAUGUAAAAGAUAAGGCUCCCCCCAAAGCUCUGCAUCGGAGCCAAACUAUAAUUGCUUAGUUACCGUACCGUACAUGCAUGCUUUUACACGAGCCUAAUGUUAUCUAUAUAUAUCAAGGUGAGGAAUGAAUGAGGAUGACGAUCCAAUUACAUAUGAAUUUUUGUUAAA